CAUUUUAAAAUUAAUGUAUUUGCGGCCACGUCACUUUCUUCGAUAUGUAUUGUUUACUCGAUUUUCGCUGUGCCUUUUUUGUUCUUUGCUUUGUGAUGACAUUUACAUACAUAAAUUGAAGUUAUCGACGUAAAAAAGUUCUUUAAUCGGUUGGCAAUUAUCGACAAUAAAUAUCCAAAUAUAAUAUAUAUAAUUACUCUUCAACGUUAGCAUUGAGUUAAUCAUCUCAAGAGUUCGUCGGUAAACUGACACAUAUUCUGUAACGUCACGUCAUACAUAAAAGGAAAUUACAAUGAAUAUUUUUCGUCUAGUCGGUGAUUUGGCGCAUGUAUUUGCAAUUAUUAUUUUGCUUUUAAAAAUAUGGAAAACUCGCUCUUGUGCUGGUAUUUCUGGCAAGUCACAAAUACUAUUUGCUCUCGUCUAUUUGACACGGUACUUGGACUUGUUCACUACAUAUGUCAGUCUAUACAAUUCGGUAAUGAAAGUGGUCUUCCUGGCGUCGUCUGGAGCUACAGUUUAUCUAAUGUAUGUCAAAUUUAAGGCAACGUAUGAUCACAAUCACGACUCUUUCCGUCUGGAGUUUCUUUUGGUGCCAUGUGUCUUGUUAUCUCUUUUGAUCAAUCAUGAAUUUACUGUAAUGGAAGUGCUCUGGACUUUUUCCAUCUAUUUGGAAUCUGUUGCUAUUCUGCCUCAGUUAUUUAUGGUCAGCAAAACUGGCGAAGCAGAAUCGAUUACCAGCCAUUACUUGUUCGCAUUGGGAUCUUAUCGUGCACUAUAUUUACUCAAUUGGGUAUAUCGCUAUAUUGUCGAAUCGCACUAUGACUUGAUUGCGAUAUUUGCCGGUGUUGUUCAAACAAUUCUAUAUUGUGAUUUCUUCUACUUGUACAUUACCAAAGUUCUUAAAGGAAAAAAAUUGCAAUUGCCUGCCUAAAUGCUUGUUCCUUAUACUUAUCCAUAUCCCUCAGCAGAUGAUACGAAUUUGUCGUGGAUAAAUGAAUCACCACCCUGAAGAUGGAAAUGUGACCAUAGAAUUUAUUAAAUAAGUUUCAAGCCAUUCCUCUUCCUGUAAAAUCUUAACUAUUCAUUAUAUUUCUCAUAAAUUCGACAAAGAAAAAACAUUUAUUUUAUUUAUCAAUAUGUAGUAGCUAAUAAUAUGGAUAAAAUUAUCUGUCAAUUUUCGCAUUUAUUAAGCUCAAAUGGGCAUGAAUCCUUAAACUUCAUACUUUAAAAAAUCUUCCCAUUAAGUUUAUUACAACAGUACAGUUUUUGUCAUUUUUCACUUCAGUGGUCGUUAAAAAUAAAGCAUUCUCAAUAUUGGUAAAGUAAAAAUAUAUGUACCCAUCUUAAUUAAGUCAACCAUCUUAAUUAACAUUUAGAUUUAAACUUUAUUAAAAUACAAAUAUUACAACAACAAAUAAUAAAGUAUAAUAUUUAAUAAUAAAAACUUA